AAGGAGUGUUUCAGCGCCUACAAAAAGGAGACCAGGUGCUCCUUCAUUGUCAGGGACUGCGUCUCCGUCCGCUUCCAUAACCUCAACAACGGCACCUCUUUCCGCGAGGAUAUCCUGUGCCGCCUUUCCAGCCCCCUAGACCGUAGGAGGCUUCGCCCUUCGGGCGGCCGGUUCCGGCGUGAAGAUCCUUCCACAAGCUCUCAUUGGUGAUUUCUGGCCGAGCCCCCUGUAACCCUGGCAACAGCCCCGUCCUGGAGCUGCCAGUCCAGGAUUGGUCCGUAGCUCCCGAGCUCCACAGCGAGCUCCUUUGGUCUGAGUCAUUGAGAAGCUUGGCGUGGUGAUUGGCGAGGCUGGACGUCAGUCAGUCGGAGGCGGGCCCAGUGAGGAAAAAUGGCUGCCUCGUCUGCUCGUGCGUGAACGGUCUCUGCCGUGGAGGCGUGAAGCCGGGUCUCUGCGACUAGUGCAUGCAGCUUCCACCAAUGGAAGGCGGAUUUCGGCUCCGCUGGGCUUGAACACGAACCUCAGCCUUCCGCGUCCCCCACCCGGGCUCAGGCCCAUCCAAAACCGUCCCUAAAACUACAGUCUAGCUUCAAGCAUCAAAUUACGUGGCACCUGAGAAACGUGAUGCUUCCCUGAGGGCGAUCCUGCAGAGGAGGGAUCCUCGCCUGGGCCUUAGACACUUGCCAACACUCCACGGCCCUCACAAUGCUGAAUGGCCUACUUAUUAAGGACUCUAGCCCAUCUAUGCCACACCAGGUUAACAAGACUCCUCAGCUAGAUGCCUUCAACUACCAAAGCUGCUUCAUGCAAGACCUCUUUUCUCACUUCCCUGAGGUCUUAUUUAUACACCGGACCUAUAACCCAAGAGGCAAGGUGUUAUACACCUUCCUGGUAGAUGGACCCCGGGUCCAGGUUGAGGGUCCUCUUGCCCGAGCUGUGUACUUUGCCAUCCCUACCAAUGAAGAUGCCAGAGGCCUGGCCCAGAUGUUCCAGGUGUUCAAAAAGUUUAACCCAGCAUGGGAGAGAGUCAGUACCAUCCUGGUGGAUCCCCACUUCCUCCUGCUGCCCACCCUGACUAUGGAGUUCCCCACCGCUGAGGUCUUGCUCUCUGCCUUCCACAUCUGUAAGUUCCUCCAGGGUAAAUUCUAUCAGCUGUCCCUGGAGCAGCCUCUGCAAAGGCUGCUUCUGUCCUCCCUGCAGAGUACAAUGUGCUCAGCCACAGCUGGCAACCUGAGGAAGCUGUACACACUCCUGAAUAACUGCAUCCCCUCCAGCAGGCUGCCUGAGCUCCACUCACACUGGCUGCUCAAUGACCGCAUCUGGCUGGCCCACCGCUGGAGAAGCCGAGCCCAGAGCAACCGCUACUUCCAGAGUCUGGAGGUCACAGCCCACAUCCUCAGCCAGUGUUUUGGCACCACCCCACUUGAGAAACAAGGCAUGGCAUCUGUGUUCCGAUACAUGCAGCAGAACCCUUCAGACAAAGCAAGCCUAAGCCUGGCCGAGAGUCCUGACAGGCCCCAGGACAGUCACACUCCUUCAGAGGCUAGCCCUGGAAACCCCAACACCGAGCAGUGGGUGGAAGCCCGCAUCCAGCACUCCCUCAAUGCCAUCUGCACAGGGCCAGCUGCCCAGCUCUGCCUAGGUGAGCUCGCCGUAGUCCAGAAAUCCAUGCACCUCAUUGGCUCUGGCUCAGAAAGAAUGAGCAUCCAGAUUCUAGAGGACACGCACAAUGUCCAGCCCCAGGCCCCCGCCAGCUGCAGCUGCUACUUCAACCAAGCCUUCCACCUGCCCUGCCGCCACAUCCUAGCCAUGCUCAGUGCCCGCCAGCAGGUGCUCCAGCCCGACAUGCUGCAGGCUCAGUGGACCUCGGGCUGUGCCACCAGUCUAGACAGUAUCCUAGGCAGCAAGUGGAGUGCCAGCCUGGAUAAGCACCUGGCUGUGACUCUGCUCACUGAGGACGUGGGUCGGCUCCUACAGCACUGCAGCGAGGAGGAGUUCGAGCGUCGAUACAGUACCCUUCGGGAGCUAGCCGACAGCUGGAUUGGCCCUUACGAGCAGGUGCAGCUUUAACCACAUGCACACACCCGGUCCUAGGAACUGAGCCCAGAGGAGUACGAGUACAAGGCAGCCUCUGUUACUGCCUCUUUUUUUUUUUUUUUGGUCUUAUUCUGAGAUAGCCUCUUGCUAGGUUGCUCAGGCUACCCCGGAACUCACUCUGUAGACAGGCUGGCUUUGAACUUGUGAGCCUCCUAACUAACCUCUGAGUGAGUGGGAUUAUAGCCUGUGUCAGUAGGCCCAACUUCUGAUUAUAUCUGUGCUCUGAAAUGUUCACGCACGUAUGAACAUUCACACCCUCCCCUCGACACGCACCGCGCUUCCUUCAGAAGGCAUCUGCUCUGCUCCAGCCUCUUGGCGAGCAUGUGUCAGGCUCCAUAGAGCAGAAAUCAGGAACUCUUUUUCUGUUAAGGGCUCAGUAGUAAAGAUCAUAGGCUUUGAUGGCCAAAUACAGUCUCUGCUGUGCAUUCUAGCUUCAGCUUUGACAACUUUUCAUAAGGAAAAAUGAUUUGUAGUUUAAGAAAUUUCUGGAAGCAGGUGAUUCUUUAAGAGAAAUAGUGCAGGUGAUGAGACUGAAGGUUCUGUGUUGGUAACUUCGCAGUCAUGUGAUUCACCUGACACUGGCCUACUGAAGGUUCUGUGUUAGUAAUUUGUCAGUUAUAUGAUUCAGACACUGGCCCACUGAAGGUUCUAUGUUGGUAAUGCCUGCUCAGUCAUGUGAUUCACCUGACACUGGCCUACUGAAGGUUCUGUGUUAGUAAUUUGUCAGUUAUAUGAUUCACCUGACACUGGCCCACUGAAGGUUCUAUGUUGGUAAUGCCUGCUCAGUCAUGUGAUUCACCUGACACUGGCCCACUGAAGGUUCUGUGUUGGUAAUGCCUGCUCAGUCAUGUGAUUCACCUGACACUAGCCCUGGCCCCUUCCCACAAAGGCCGAGGCUACUUUGGUGGGGCUGCCAAGCUUCCCAGUUUUCCUGUCCCACCCUGGAAUCAAUAAAGUGAAUGUUGAGUCCCCA